CGGUACUUCUGUUCAUGUCAAAUCUCCCUUUGUCACCGCCUGGGAAGGUGGGUGACCUAUUUGUCUUGAUGUAAGUUCAGAUCGUUUUGGUUUCUUUGGCAAAUGGAGAAGCACAGGUUCUUGAGACCUGCAACUUGCCGUAGCCUCAAUGCAGUCCUUCUAUCCUCCCAGGAGAGAUGGGAGAGGGCAAGAGAAGCGCGAGGACAAAGAGUUGCAAGAAACAGAAGACGUGGCCGGCCCGGCCCGAUCAUCAAAGACGUCCGUGGCCGACCCGGAAAUGCCAAGUCUUCCGAGACGUGGUCAUUCCGGUCUGGUGUCACAAGCUGCCGCUGCUGCAGCUGCUUCUGGAUCGACGACAUCUUAUUGUUCUCCAGCCUUGUGGCUGGGCAGUGAUCGUUUAAGUCAAAGCUCCGCGCAAAUUAGCAGAACUGGGAAGUUGAUUCCAGCGCCAAAACGCUCCCAGAGACCCAAAAAACUAGUGGGAGACACCUUGGAGGUGACUUAUCAAGAACGUUUGACAGGAUUUGGGCCUGACCAAAUGCACGAGCUUGUGGAGUUGAUUGAAUCCAAACACACCCAAUUCAGUGCCCUUAGUUUGUGUACCGCAUUGCACAGAUUGGCAUCGAACCCCGCAUGCACACUUCAGCUGGAGCGGUUCAGUGGACUGGUAUCAACUUUGGAAGCUGAACUUCGCACGCGGCCAGAUCGCUUCCGUGCGCAAAGUAUUGCCAACUCUUGCUGGGCAGUGGCAAAACUUUAUUGGAAAAAGUCCGGCUUGCUCGAGGCGCUGCUCGAGACUGCAGUCAGCCGCAUUGAGGAGUUUAAAGGCCAAGAGCUGUCAUUGCUUCUUUGGAGCAUGGCUACUGGAAGCAGCAAGACCUCGCAUGUUGAAGAUGCAGCGAAUGCGAGUGUUUGCGAGUUUCUCCGCCGUGGGAGCUCGGCCUUUGAUGCACAGAGCACUGCGACAGUGGCAUAUGCAGCAGGAGCUUUGGUCUUGAGCCAUGAACCUCUGUGGGAAGUAUUGGGAACGGGUUCAGCUACUCGAGUUUCUGAAUUCAGUGAUCGCCAACUUGCAAACUUGCUCUGGGGAUUUGCGACCGUUUCUUAUACGGAUUGUGAAGUGGUAUUCCAACGAGUAGCUUCCGAUGCACCCAUUGCUACACUUGCACCAAUAGAUCUCAGCUUAGUUGCUUGGUCAUUGGCAAAGGUAUCUCACAAAGACAAACAUUUUUAUGAUCAAGUUGCAGAUGCUAUUGUGGCGAAACAGGCUGAGUGGAGACACAGCGACACCAGAAACAUUGCAACGCUGCUGUAUUCGUUAGCACUCUCUGAGCAAGCAAUCAGCCAUGAUUCUGCAUUUCGCGAGCUUGCAACUGCUGUGUGCAGUAGGGCUAGCGAAUUUAGUGUGCAAGGACUUACCAAUGCCGUUUGGGCCUAUGCAACAGCUUGUUAUACUGAGGAGCUUUGGUUCAGGAUUGUUGCCAAGGAGGUCAGCUUGAGAAAGAAAGACGAGUUUGAGCCCCUGGAUGUGGCAAACACGCUUUGGGCGUUUGCAGCAGUCCUGCACCAUGACAAUGUGAUAUCAUUUUUAACUUCCUUGGGAAAGGGCAUGAUUUGGCAAAUGUCCGGUCAGAACGUGGCAAUCGCUGUGUGGUCACUCGCUUCAUUAGAACUCCGGGGCGAGUCAUUUUUCCAUCAAGCAGCAGAUCCAUUUGUACAGAGACUAUCUGAGUGCAAAGCUCAAGAGCUGAAUAACAUGUUGUGGGCCUACGCAACUGCAUGCGUACGAUUGCCUUGGCUAUUUCUGAAGUCAGCCAAUCAUGCCCUGACACUGGGACUUACAGAGUUUAAGACACACGAGCUCUCCAUUAUGCUGUGGGCUCAUGGUACUGCAGGUGUGUGCAAUCAUACAUUCUUCAAUGAGGUCGUUGAUGAGAUUCUAGGCGGCAGGGGCAUUGAAAGCUGUGCACCCAGAGAGAUUGCCAAUGCCGCAUGGGCAUACAGUACAAUCAUAGGGCGAUGUCACCUACCCUGGAUGACUGCUGUAGCAGCUUACUCGCAGAAUCACAUUCGAGAGUUUGAUAUGCAAGGCAUCGGCAAUGUUCUUUGGUCCUUCGCCAAUGUUGCGAUUCACAGUGAAAGAUUGCUGCGCGUGGCAUGUGAGGAGACAUCCCGGCGCUGCGCAAGUGGCCAUAGAGAUGAGGCAGCGCACAAUGUGGCACAAGUUCUGAGUGCAGUGCAGGCAACAGGCGCAAUGCAGCCCUAUCCUUUGCAGAUCAGCUGGAAGCUGGAUGGAAGAACCUAACUUCUGUGUUGGAGAGACACGUCUUCGAUCCUCUGGCAGAGGCGAUACUUCAUGGUGAUUGGUCCAGCGUAGAGACCUGCAUUUCACAGUUGGACAUAGAUCACUUGGGCGCUGGCUUUACAGCAGACUUCCUGAGACGAAUUGGAAUCAGCUCUGUGCAGGUUUAUCCUCGCCAUGAAGCAGGAGGCUGGGUGGAAGAAGCCGUCCAUGCAUGUGCCUUGGAACGAGAACGGGCCAUCCAAGCUGGUAUAGAAGAAGAUGCUCCUGUGGAGCAGCAAAAGCUUGUGCGACAGCUUGAUAAAGUCAACAAGCGUGAAAUUGUCGCAUGGGUUCGCUUUCAAGUGAGCUCCAGUGUUGGUGAACACAAAGAACUUGGUCGAGCUUUUGGUUGGCGACUUGAAGCAGAGAUAUCUAAACUUUCUCCCAUGAUCAUUAACCUCCUGAGGCCCAUGGUGACCAAGAGUCGUAUUGCUCCCAACAUGAUUGGCGAGCAUGAUCGUAGUGGACAUGCGGAACGCAGUGCUUUGCUUCAUAUAGCUGCAGAUUGGCUUCAAGAAGGACAUCCUGAAAGAGGACUAGAUUUUCAAGGGAAGAUAUAUCUCUACGUCACGCACUAUCCUUGUAUUUCAUGUAUUUGCGUCAUCGCGCAAUUCAAGCGUCUCUUUCCAAAGCUUCAAUUUCAUUUGGCUUAUGCCGAUGGUAGGGCGAUAAAUAUUC